AUGGCCUGUAAGCUGACUGCAUCUUCUGGAACGUCCCAUAGUCUCUUCGACCUCACGGCAAUAUCGGCGCAACCCUGCAACGUCUGCCUUUGGAGGAAGCACGCUCCAGAAAACGCCAGGCGGUUUGGAGGUUAUCUUGAUCGCGCCAGCAUGUCGGCCGCGUUCAGAAGAAGCCUCGACUCUUCUGUCUUACAGAUGGUCCGUGAAGAAGAAGACCCUCCCAGAACCUUUCGUCUAGAGAGGCGUCUCUCUUGGAAGGCGUCAGAGGCAGCUUCAAAGGCCAGCAAACCAAGGGAGGGUGACGUCAGCGGUUCACCUUUGAUUGCAGAGGGAGGAUCGUCAACGGGUGACGUAAGCACAAAGCAAGAGGGAGGGGCUUCGAACAAGGAAGGGUUUUCUGAGACCCGUUCAACUGGGUUGUCUCCUUUCAGGCUGGAAACGGGGCGCCGGUCUGACUCGCCGGUUAGCGUCCGGACCAGGGUUAAGUUCUGGGAGGUGAAAGCGGGGGAAGGAGCGCCUUCGAGAGGGGCAAUAUUGGCGAGAUAUCCUGAAGAGGGGUUUGUAGAUCAUUCUAAGAAUUACGUGCUAGCUAACAAAGCCAAGCAAAGUGAGUGCGCAAAAGCUGUUGCAGAAAAUCCAGGCGCCUGUGGAAUAACGGGGAAGCGUGAUCAGCAAGAUCCUGCGAGCAAUGCUUUGAAAAGAUCAGAGGGGUCCGACAUGACCCAGGUGCUUGAAAACAAGGAUCGUGUUGCCAGGAAGGCGUUUGUACCAGCAGAUGUACCCAGAGCAGUUGGUGACGUCAGAAAGUGUGCCGAUCUAGAGAUGGGUUUGGAAGAAGCGGCGCUGAAGGACGGAGAGAAGCCGACGACGCCACCGGAGCCGGAAGAGGACGGAAGGGCAGGAAAGCGGACGACUGAAUCAGGACAGCACGGUACGGUUGUAAUUUGGGUAGGGGAAGCGGAAACGGGCAGGACGGGCAACCCAAGGACCAGCGGAUCAGACCGGGAAGGAGCGGAACCACUCGUCGUAGUACAAUCAGAGCGGAACGGAGCGGAACAAUCCGCCGUGAUGGAAGUAGAGGGGAACGAAGUGGAACAAUCAGCGGUGAAGGUUCCAGAGCGGAACGUGGCGGAACUACAUGUGAUGGUGGAAAACGCGGGAAAAUCAGCAAUGGCGGAACCAGAGCGGAACGAAGCGGAACCAACAACGGCGACGGAAUCUAAGAAAUACGGAGCGGAACAACUAGGGCCGACGGUUUUCCCUGUCCGGGGCUGGUCGGGCCGGUGGGCUGUUUACCUCGCCAACCGGAAAGCGCAGGCGACGAUCCUGCUAAUGUGGCUCGCGGCGAAUGCGGGGCUGUUUGCCUACAUGUACGUGUACUCGAUGGAAAAACCGGAGUACCAGAUAGUGGGCUUUUGGUUUUGCAUUGCGCGCGGCGCGGGCGAAGCGCUCAAGCUGAACCUGGCCCUCAUCCUGCUCCCCGUCUCCCGCCUGACCACCACGACGCUCUGGAAUCACGCGCGCGGCCGCGCGGCCGCGCUUCCUGUUCAAUCGGCUUCUACAUUCCAUGAGAUCAUCGGCUUGGCGCUCCUUUUCUGGACUCUGCUCCACGCGGUCGUCCAUCUGACGGCCACGUACCCGCGCCUCGCGGCCGCGAACGCGGGGAGGUUUGAGGGUUUAGUGGGCGACGUCUACGGCGACGCGCAGCCCAACUACUGGGCGCUCCUGAAAACGCAAACGGCCGUCACCGGGUUUAUGAUCAUCGCGAUCCUGCUCAUAGCGUAUCCGCUCGCCGCUCCGUGCGUCCGGCGGUGCAGGAUGAAGAACGUCGUUCUCCGCCACGUGACCGGGUUCGAGGCCUUCUGGUACAGCCACGUGUUGCUCCUGCUGUGCUUCCCGCUCGUGAUCCUGCACGGCUCGCGGCGGCCGCUCGGCGGCUACCCGACGACCUCGACCUGGAUAUGGCUGGCCGCGCCGCUGCUAUUCUACGCUCUCGACCGCGGAUUCCGCGCAGCAAGGAUCUGGCGGAACCGGAACCGGGCGCCGUGUCUCCAGGCGGAGACUUUUUCCGGUGAGGUGCUUGGCCUGACGCUAGCCCGUCCCCCGGGCUUCGAUUACCGGCCGGGGCAGUACGUUUUCAUAAACUGCCCGCGGGUGUCCGCUUUCCAAUGGCACCCUUUCAGCCUGACGUCCGCCCCGUCGGACGCCCUCCUGCGGGUCCACAUCCGGACGUCCGUCGGCGACUGGACUUCCGCGCUGGGCCAGACUUUUCACCAGGCUCUUACUGGGAACAGUUUCGCCACGGAAAGCACUGAUCUGGAGGCUGGGAAGUUUCCACGUGUCUUUCUGGACGCUGACAAGCCGCCACGUGUACCCCCGGUUGCUCUGCCCCGGCUGCUUCUGGACGGGCCCUACGCGGCGCCGUCUCAGGACUUCGCCCGGUUCAAAGUGGUCAUUCUCAUCGGGGCUGGGAUCGGUGUGACGCCGUUUGCGAGCGUUGUAAGAGAGUACUUACGCCAUCUGAGACCAAGGUUUGAGGAGAACAAAAGUAGCGUUUCAGCAAGCCAGGAGACGCUGUUCUCGCCCGCGGAACAAGAAAGCUGCGCACCAGUCGCAACGCGACACGUGGCUGCACACGGGGCCGCCAGAUUGGAGAAAGUGUAUCUGCACUGGGUCGCAAAGGACCGCGCGGCCCUUGCUUGGAUUGAGCGUCACUUCGACGAUGCGCCUUGGACGCAUUCAUCCCGAAACAAACUAGAGAUGACGAGCUAUCUGACGAGAGAGAGAGCGCUAGACGCGGCCGCGGCCGCGACCGCGGGGGCGUUCGCGCGGGCUGACCGCGGCACCGUCGACGUGGCACUGGGCGGCGAUUCUGAAGCGGCGUCAAAGAUUGCUACCAAGCUUGGGCGCCCCGAUUGGGACCUGCUGUUUUUGACCGCGCGGAAACGGCACGCAAACACAAGGAUCGGCGUGUUUUACUGCGGCCCCCGAUCUCUGAACUCUACGCUCUCGCGCCUGUGCUGCAAGCAUACGGCCGCAAGCACCGGUUUUGAAUUCUUCAAGGAGAACUAUUGA